AUGUCAUCUUCUCGAGCAUACAGCUUGGUACUUCUGGGAGCUACAGGCUACACCGGCAAGCUUUGCGCCGAGCAUAUUACAAAACACCUGCCCACGAACCUCAAAUGGGCCGUGGCGGGACGUUCGUCCAGCAAACUCCAGGACAUUGUGACUGGGUUGAAGAAGAUCAAUCCUGACAGGAGCCAACCUGAUAUUCUUCCGGUCAACCUCAACCAGCAGGAGCUUAACGACCUUGCAAAGAAGACCCGCGUUGUGUUGAACUGCAUAGGCCCCUACCACCUUUACUCAACCCCAGUCGUUGCUGCUUGUGCUGAAAAUGGCACUCACUACCUCGAUGUCACUGGCGAGACACCCUGGGUGCGAGAGAUGCUACAGAAAUACCACGACAAAGCAAAAGCCACCGGGGCCAUUCUGAUCCCAGAAAUUGGUUUAGAGUCAGCUCCGUCUGAUCUGGUAGCCUACACAGCCGUAUCCACUAUUCGAGACUCCCUCAAUUGCGGCGUUCGAGACGUCAUCUGCUCUGUACACGAAAUGAAAGGUGCUGGACUAUCAGGAGGCUCUCUGGCCACUGCUCUCAGCAUCAUGGAUCAGUACUCACUCUCGGAGGUCCGAACGGCGACCAAGCCGUUUUCACUAUCUUCAGCUCCAACAUCAAAACGUCCUUCUUCACGUUCGCUCUUUUCUCGCCUACUAGGUCCAUUCUCGUAUCCUGGUCUUGGUAUCUUGACCACUUCCAUCACUGCAGCUCCAAACGUGGCCAUCGUCCACCGCUCUUCUGGACUAAUGCCACAACUUUAUGGCAAAAACUUCCGGUUCAAUGAGUACUGGCGCGUUUCGAACUAUGUAUUUGGCAUAUUCGUCCACUUCGCCGUAAUAUUCGGCACGUUUCUCGCUGCAAUCAAACCCUUUAGAUCACUCAUCCGUAGGUUCGUCUACCAGCCAGGGCAAGGACCAAGCGCCGAGGCUACCAGCAAGGAUAUGCUCGAGUUUAGGGCAAUUGCCGUGGCAGAAGAUACAACAGGUGGCAAGGAGAAGAGGGCGACGGCAAAGUUUCGAUAUGAGGGAGGAAUUUAUUAUUUUACGGGAUUACUCUUGGCCGAGGGGGCGAUGGUGUUGUUGGAAAACGAAGACCUGGUCAAAACGCUCGGUGGCGGUUUGUUGACGCCUGCUUGUCUUGGUGACAAAUUCAUUGAGAGGUUGCAAAAGGUCAAUGUGAGGAUUGAAGGAGAGAUGCUGCCUUGA